ACAAUCUCAAAUGAUAAGUUGCAUUUUUACUUCAGUUCAUUGAUAAAAGAUCAUAUAAAAUGCCCGCAAACAUUAAAAAUAGCAUAAUCACACCCGGUGCUGUCAAAAAGAUCUCCAAAGAUGAAAUUCUUCGCAGCCAUCGUUCUUGUCGCCGCUGUGGCUUCGGCCACCCCCGUGGACCGCCGCCGCCCGUCAGCAAUUUUAGAUCACAUCGCCGGAAUCAUCGCUGCCGUGAAACCUGAAUCUGUAGCUGUCGGACCCGCUAUCAUUGAGAACCCCGAACCCGUUGCCAUCGGACCUGCUUGGGUUGCCGCCCCGGAGCCCGUUGCUGUCGGACCCGGCAGCGUUUCAUCUGAGAUUGCUUCAGGCACUCCCCUCGUUCAGAUCAUCCUGAACAUCAACCACGCUUCUGCUGCCCCUAGCCCCGUCGCUGUCGGCCCCGUCGUUUCCGACAUUGUUGUUGAGUCUCUCAACCUUGAAGAGCCCAGCCCUACGCCCGUCCACGUUGUAGAUACCGCCGCUGAGCCCGUGCAGGUCGUGGAGGUCGCCCCUCCCAUUCCUCCCAUCGCUGUGAACCCCAUCGGCGUUGUCCCUCCCGCGCAGGUUGAGCCUGUCAUCAUCGGAAUGCCCGUCAUCCCCUUACCCUGAACUUAACUAAGAUUUGUCAUCGUUUAAUUCGAUUUUUCAAUAAUUACUGAAAAUUAAAUUUUAUUUUAAAAUGUGAUUGGUUUGAAUAAAAUAUACACAUUCUCAAAUAUAUAUAUAUGCAAACAAAACAAAA